ACCUACAACCACACCAACUACCAUGACAGCAACAAUGACCAACUACCGCACCAUUUACCACAACAAUGACCACACCAACAAUCACAUACCACACCAACUGCCACACAACAACGAAACAUCUUGGCCCCUCUUUGUCUCUUGGAGACCAUUGAUAAUAAAUAAAACAUGACACAGCCCUGUAAAGAAAGCAUCAUUCAAAAAUGGAAGUCUGAAUAAUAGCAGGGACCUACUUGGAUAUCUUUAAAUAUCUUUAUUCUCAUCUGACUCCAGUCAGAUCCAUACAGUAGUACACAGUACAGGCCUCAGCGUAAGGUCUUAAACUGUUAUCAGGAAAGCUCAAACAAAGCACAGCAGCCCAGAUUGUCCCAUUCUACAAAACUAAAAACACUUCUACUCAUAUAAUGAUGAAUUAACCUUAUAAUGUACGUCUCUUCCUUGUUACACUUCUGGAGGUGGUACCUUUUAGAUCAGAUGUUAACAUAACCAAUUUUGUUUAUGCUACAGCCAGAGCACAUCGAUAAGACACAGCAACUCUCAUUCUCUGGUUUAAACUUUAUGGCUGCAGUGAUCAGAAAGUAUAAAAAUACAACACUGCAUCUAACACUCAGUUACAGCAUCUCCUUCAGCACGGUGCAGUUUAAUGCAUGUCGUUACAGAACAAACAGGAACAAUCUGACCUUGUGUGCUCUCCACUGCAGUGAGGUUUCCAUAUUUCAUGGAUCUGGGCAGACCUCAGGAUGUGCUGAACCACACCUGCAGCUUCUACCUCAACACAGAGGAGGAUGUCUCAGUGGGAGUGUGGCAUACGCUCCCCAUCAGCCAAUGGGMGGCAGCCACUGGGAAAACCCUCAACUGGUACCAGGAGUCCCUAGGAGACAGACGUCCUGUUAUUAUCUAUCUCCAUGGCAAUGUAGGGACCAGGUGGGAAAAGAGCAGCACUGUGGAGAUCCUUAAACUGAUCCUAGUAGAAUCUAGUGGGAACGACAUGCUUCAGUGCUUUGUUUGUCCAUGAUUGUUGAUGGGAACAAAUUAGUCUAAAUGCCUGUUUUUAUUUUUAUUUUUGCCUCUGUGUUUUACCAGAUUAUACAAGUAUAAUUGUAUAUACAUUACUCACAAAAAGUUAGCGAUAUUCAGCUUUUGGGUUAAAUUUCAGGAUGAGCCUAAAAUGCAUUUAACUUUACAGGUGAACUUAAUGUGACC